AUGGCAGCAACAUAUUUCAGGAAAACUCUCUGGUUGAGCACCAAGUUCGCCAUGCCUGCGCUCCGACCAGGAUCCCAGUUCUGCAGGUUCAGGUCUUCGUGGAGCGCUCCCGACUCUGCAGUUCACAGUGGUAACAGCGACAACAGCGACACAACAAGGCAAAGGAAGAUCGACAAUAAACCUUUCAAGGGUAAAAACAAAGGAAGCAAAAACCCAGAGGUCGGCGACAAAUAUGUUGAGGAACCCUUUGAAGACAAAAUCCCGUCCAUCAAGAAAUCCACCGACCCUGACCUCUACCGCAUUUUUUUCAGGAGUCCAGAUAAGAUCCGAUCUCUGGAGGACGCCCAGGUUUUCAUCAGCCAUAUUAAAUUCAGCUACGGUCCAUUAACACAAUACCAGUUUGCAAGGUGCCCUGAAACGAAUAGGUAUCUUGGAUACGGAUUUUUGACGUUCAAGUACGAGGAGUCGCUCAACAAGGCUUUAUCGGAUGAAUAUAUUCGGGUCGGAAUGAAGGAUUUUGAGCUCAUACGGACAGGACACAUGCCCUCGCGUCGUGCCAUCCUCCACAAAAACAUAGGUUUCCCUGGAUUUCAUAACUUAGAGGAGCUGAGGGCUGCAAAGGCGAAGAAACAACAAGAGCAACAGCAACAAGGUAGCUCUGGGGAUCAGGAUACUAGUAGCAGUAGCUUGAACAGGACAGAGGAACAUCCCAAGGAUGACACAACAAAGGAGGCAGAACUGUUCGUCUCUGCAUUAGCAGAAUCGGUUUCCCAGUCUGAUUCUUCAGGUUCAUCGGCAACCACAACGCCCAGGAUGGGCUCUACAUCCAGGCCGUACUACAAACCUCUGCAGAAGAAGGGCAUGGCUCAGCUCUGGAAAACAAUCCCUAAUGAGAUUGAGCGAUCGGAACAAUCGCCUGAUCCACAGAAUGUGGAUGGUGCCAGUGAUGAGAGCUCCAAUUUUGAGGCGUUGAACAGCAAAGACGUCUCUGAAGAGGUGGGCAGCACCAUGUCCGACAAACUAUCAUAG